AUGGAUGCUUUUAUCCAAAGUGAUUCAGUUUAAGUUAGUGUAUUAGUGUCAAGCUGGAAUCUAACCUUUGUGUGUGUGUGUCUGUGUGUGUGUGUGAUUCCUCCCCAAUCAGCAGCAGCAUCUCCCGGUGGUGACCCCUGGGCCCUAUGUCCGUCCAGACAGUGUAAGGCCAAGUUUGGAGAUGGGUCAUGUGAUAAGGAGUGCACCGAGCCCGAGUGUCUGAGAGACGGGUUCGACUGUCUGAGGGACAAAGGACACUGCAUGUAAGACACUGUAGCAGCAGGGAGAUCUGGGCUACAUUUCAUUCCAGGAAGAUGUUCCAUCCCCUCUUCCCUUUGUUCACUCUCCUUCAUGGAUCUGACAGGACUGGAUAUGUGAAAGCAAUAUGGUGACUAACUCUUACCCAGUAGUCUCAUAUUCAUGGUGAGGGGAGUGAAUAAGGGCAGAGGGGAGAGAACAUCUUCCUGGAAUGAAACACACCCUGCUCUUUACUCUUUAUCACUCUCCCUUUCCUUUUUUAUACAUCAAGAUUUUUCAACUGGGGUUCACGCUUUCUCUGCAUCCCUCCAACUAUCCCCCCUCUCAGUUCAGGCCACAUCCACUACUGCCGAGACCACUAUGCCAACUCUUACUGUGACCAGGGCUGCGAAAGCGCAGCCUGUGGCUGGGACGGGAGUGACUGUCACAGGCACCACAACCCUCUGUGGGCUAAGGGCACCCUGCUCCUGCACACCCGCGUCCCCCUGCAACACGGCACAUUCUCCAACAGUUCCCUUCUCUGGGCCCUCAGCACCCUCCUUCAGACGCCUCUCAAAUUGCGCGGCACAGCGCCCCUUGACCCCAGCAAGGACCUCUUCACAUUUAAUCCCCAGCAGCUCGAAAAUCUGCUGGCUCAAGCUUCCUCGGAUGACUCAAAUGGGUAACUAUAAAGAGAUUACGAUUUUGCUUACCCUAAUUUUUUACCUUAACCUAGUCUCUUUGGUUAACAUCUCAUCAAUCUCCCUAUCUCUCUCAAACAGCUCUCUCCUAUUCCUGCAAGUGGAUAACAGGCCGUGCUCCCGUCUGCCCUCUACCUGUUUCCCGUACGCCAUCGAAGCAGCUAACUUCCUACGGGCUGCUACAUCAUCGACUCGUGCGUCAUUCCCCUCUCACCCAGAAUUAAAGGCCCUUAUUAGUGUAAGAGGGGUCGGGGAGGAAAUAGGAGGGAGAGAGGAGGACCCAGUUGAGGAAAAAGAGGAAACUAAUGGUAUGUAUCCUAUUACAUAGUGUUUGUGUGUGUGUGUGUGUGUGUAAAACUGUGUGUGUGUGUGUGUGUGUGUGUGUGUGUGUGUGUGUAAAACUGUGUGUGUGUGUGUGUGUAAGACUGUGUGUGUGUGUGUGUAAAUGUGAGUACCACCUAAUAUCUCUGCCCCCCUUCUCCGCACAGGAGCAACACCUCCAUGGCUAUGGGCUGUGAUCGGCAUGGCAACGGGCCUGGUACUGGCUUUGGUCUUGAUGGUUGUCUUGGUGAUCAGAAGGGUGAGACGACGACGAGCGGAGAGUGCUGGAGGAGGAGGAGGAGGAGGAGGAGGAGGAGGAGAGAGGGUUAGGCACAGAUCCACUGUCACUGAGAAUGACAGCGGAGACCAUGUGGCCAAGGCAUGGGCACAGCACACACCCCACCGAGAGCAGAGGGGCAGGACAGGGAGAGAGAAAGACAGGAACGGGAUAAAGAAGAAGAAAGCAAAGGAGGCUGAGAAGAAAAGACGCAGAGAGCCACUGGGGGAGGAUGCCAUUCGACUGCGGUGAGUGAAGAUGAAUGAUUAUGGGAGAAGUUAGAGGAUGUUCAGUCUAGCAAAUCAACAGUGCUGUGAUCAGAUAACAGUAUGCUUCAUUGUAAUGGGUUGUAUGGCUUUCAGUUGUUUUCAUUAGGGUCAUUUUACAAUGUCUGUAAGGUAAAACUGUUGUGUUGGACUAUCUCUAUUUUACACAAUAUUAGUGAUACUGUAGUCAUAUCCCCUGUACAAAGUACUGCUAUUCACAGCAUAACGUAUGAUUUCAGGCCCCUAAAAAAGGACCUGGAUAUUGGAAGUGACACUGACUUUACCCAGAGUUCAAUGGAGGACAUCAACAGGUCCAUCUGUGACCACCGAACUCAAGAGCAGAAGCACUACCGCAGCCCUCCGAGCCACCCACAAACACCCAUACAACGUAAGAUCGCCUCCUGAUAAUGGUUAACACACUGUAUUAAUAGGCUUGUAAAAUUAUUAAUUAUUCCCUUACAUUAACAGGUUUGGAGAGCCUUUAACUGGUCACAAUUUACGGUUUGCACAAGCAUGUAACUAAAUUGACUUUCAGCUCCACUUUUAGCUCCCCCAAGAGGAUGGGAGAGAAAUGCUGUCCCGUCUCCACAUCACAGAACACCCAAUCAAGUGAGUGUCCAUAAAUAUUCACAUAAAUAUCAAUAUGUUUAUUUAAAUUGUAGAUUUAGCUGGCUAUUAUUUACAGUAUUCUAUUUUGACCAAACCAAACAUUAUUUUGACAGUCUGCUUCGGUUCAGUGGUGUGGUCCAGAUGGGUCAGUGGUCCUGAUUCGUGCGGUCCGGAGUGGGCUUGACCGUGUGGUUCUGGAGCUGCUACGAGCUGGGGUGCCGGUCAACAACACAGACCACACUGGUAUUAAUUUACUCUCCCAAUUUCCCAAUGAUAUUAUUAACCAAAAUGUAGGCUAAACGGUAAAAUAAACCAAGUAAACUCAACUUCCCUGUAGAGUGUCAUGGGAGGAUUAUUGUGCAAAUGUAUUUUAAAAAAUCAAUAUUGCAUGGAACAAAUGCCCAUAAAUGUUAUGUAGCGUCCAUAGGUGUUAUAACGAGCUUAUAAACACACUGCCUCACAUACAUAUUACUAUAUUGUAUUACUUUGAGGGGUUGAGUAACCAGUGUAACUGACCCCAUCUCUCUCUGGUCCUCCCCAUGUCACGUCCCUUUUUGUGUCCAUUCUCUUCUCUUCUGUUCUGGUAAAACCUCCAUGGCUUCCCACUCUUCCCUUCCAUUCCUCUCUACAGCACCCCUUCUGCCCCCCUCUCAAACCGAUACAGAAGUUAAUGUGCCCUAGUGCCCAGGCAGUGUGGAUGUACCAUAUUAACCUCCCUUGCUCUUCUCUCUCUCUCUUUCUCUUCCUCUAUCUCUCUCUCACACUAUCUCUCUCUCUCCCUCUCGGGCUGAUUCACUGGUCCCUCACCAUCAUUUGCAUUCCCAUUUCCUCUCUUUCAAAAUCACCCUCUUCCUCGUCUUUCACCCUUUGGGCUUGACUCUGUUGUAUAAUGUUUGUUCACUGGCUGACUUACUCCCUCUCUUUCUGUACUGAACUCCCACCUUCCUUCACUCACCUUCCUCCACUUGAAAUGCACUCUCUCUCUCAGGGAGAUCAGCCCUCCACUGGGCAUGCUCAGUUAACCACCUCUCCUUGACAAGAACCCUCACUCGCUACGGUGCUGCAGUGGACCUACAGGACAACAAGGUACCAAGGCCAGCAGAAGCCUCUGCUUUUAUGAUUCUUCACAUGCUAGUAUGAAGAUUUAGGAAGAUGAACUUCGAAGGAACUAUAUACAGUUAAAUCUGUGUAGAAUGGUUAAACUUUAGGUUUCUCCCAUAUUAUUGCUUCGACACUCCCAUUCUCUGAUAUAUACCACUCCCAUUAUCUGAUAGGGUGAGACUGCUCUGUUCCUCUCCGCCCUCCAUGGUUGCUACGACACCGCCCGGUUCCUGCUCCUGAACGGGGCCAAUCAGAAUCUGUCUGAUCGCAGAGGACGCCGGGCACUGGAUGUUGCCCGAGAGGGAAUGCAUCAUCAAGUCCUGGAGCUCCUAUUGGCUCACAGGGUUCAGAGAGGGCCUAUUCCUAUGGAGCAAGCCAAUGAUAUGCUGUGGGAUGAGCGUGCCUUGCUCUAUAGCCAGUGGAUGAAUUCCCCUGGGCUCCCUGGGAGAAGUGCCUCCUUCUCUGGUGUCAUAGGGCAUCGGGAUAUGUCCUCGCCUCCACCAAGGUAAGGUCUUGUGGCAUUUGGCACAUCUACUCACAAUAACAUUUAGCAAUUUACCAAUCUUGAUGAUAAGGCAAAUUCAUCACUGCCUACGCUUAUGAUCUCCCUCUUCUUUUGACAGUGAUUGGUCAAUGGGCAGAGUGCAGUGCCCUUCCCCUCAGAACUGGCGGCCACAGCUCAAUCAAUCAGUGACCGCAUUGGUCACCCCAAGAAUCAUGGGGCGUCCCCCACGGCCAAUCAGCACUCUGCAGGAAGUUACCUCAGAGGACGAAGAUCGUGAAAGGCCCCAGGAAGUCCCGAGAGCAGCGACACCGCACUUCCUGUUACCCCAGCCUGCUCCUCGACAGCGGUCCUUCUCCUGUACCCAGAAUGCACUGCAGCGUCGCUCCAGUUCACACCAGCCCGAACCGACUUAUGUUGCCUUAUCAGAGAAAAUAGCCAAUGAGCCCAUAGAAAGAGUGAUCGUGGUCCCUCCUACAGAUGCUCCCACCAAAUCAGAUCGUAGAUCAAUAGUCGAUAGUAGCGAUAACCCCAGCAGGGCGGCAACAGAGAUUGAGGCAGCAAGCUCUAAAAAUACAGACCAGAAAGCCCGAAGUGAGAAGCUAAAUAACCACAUGCCUGACUCUAACCAAACAGCUUUGUAAGGGACAGGGCUGGGCUGUGAGAUAUCAUGCUGAAAUGACCCCAAAUACCAUCAUGUCAAUCAUGUACUGUUUACAUUUUCUGUAACAGGCCCCUUGCCCAUAAAUAACAGUAGAUUGACAGACGGGAUAUAAACUCAAUCAAUAAAUGAGUAACUUAAUUGACUCUAAAUAUCUAAAUCAAUAAACUAUGGAAUGAUUCAUGUGCAAUUUUUUCUUCUUCUGCCGUAUUAGGAGGUGACCUGUCUCUUAUGCUGAUAUCAACCAAUCAAGACAGACCAACUGACUGAAUACAGAGUCUUUAUUGUAAAAGAGGUAGAGAAUAAAG